AUGGGUAUAAAAAGGGGUAACAUUGUCAUUACGGGGUCGAAACUCAGAGAUCGAAAUUACGGGGUCGAAAUCCGGGAGUUGAACUACAAGAACGUCUACGCUACUGCACGUCUAAGCCAAGAGCUGCUCAACAAUACAAUCCCAUCAGAUCCCACGGAGUCCAAUGAAGCAAGUCACGUGAUACGUCAUAUGAUUGAAAUCCCACGUUGCCCCAUGGAAAGAAUGAAGAUGUUCAUUCUCAUCGAUGGGGCAAGAUGGGACUCCGUGGGCAAAAUCCGACGGAGUCCCAUGGAGUCCCACGGACUUCAUGGGGCAAAAUCCCAAAAGGUCCCACCCACGAGGUCCCACGCAAUGUUAAGUCUAUGGAGGUCCCAACUUGGUGUAUACCAGUGUAAAAGGGGCCAGGGGGAAGCUACGUUCAGGGAAAACAUGCAGACCAUUCACCAAAAGAUGAAAUGGAAGUUGUCUGCAACUACGGGUGGUUCGGGGGAUUUUAUGUCUCCUGGAUUCAAUGCCUUUGGCGGUGUGUGGCAUUUGACGUGCUCCAAGACGCAUGGAGCCCUAGUGAAGGUGGGCUUGGUUCUCACCCGAACUACCCUAGAACUGGACGUCCAGUUUGAGAUAAGUACAAGAACAAGUUCCGGGGGUGAGGACGACUUUCUCUUUAGAGAUCAAAAGGUCUUUGCCGAAAACAACCACAGGUCAAAAAACAUUUUCUCUGCAGAGUAUGACGAAAUCGAUGUUUUUUUACACCUCAUAAAUUACAAAAAGUAGUUGUUCUUAUGUUUUCAUAACAAAAUGCUUUAAUUGUGUUACGUUUCGUUUAAUUUCAUCUUUUUCAAGCACCUUCAAUGAUGUCAACGUACGAUUCAUUUAUUUAUACUGAUUGAAACCCUGUUGAGGCUUACCUCAGAGCAAAUAUAUCUGACGGAUAUCGUAUGAAUAAUUGCUCUUCUUCUUGGAAUGAAAGGUACUAGUAAUUCAUAACAGGUAACCUUUUCAAAAAUCAUCGUUUUGGCCAAAGACCUUUUGAUCUUUAAUCAACCGUUAACACAGCAUACCCAUGGCCAAUAUUUCCUAGGCGCAGUUAGCCAUGACAUUACAACGAAGUCAAACAAAUACUACAACCACUGCCUGGCCACUAGCGCAGCCACCACGAGCGCAACCACCACUAACAUUAUCAUGAUUGUGUAGUUUGUUGUAUACAUAACUGUAUUAUUAUUAUCCUUUAAUUUGACUGUAUGUAAACAGAGUUACGUUUUUAGAAACAUAUUUUAAGAAGAGAAUUUCCGUAUUGGAACGAGACG